AUUAUCAAGCAGGAGAGCCUAGGAUAUACUUUAUCAGCUUCUGCUGUGCGUAAUGUUGUAGAAGCUCUUCUCAAGCAGAAGGGAGAUCUUAAUGCCCUUAGCUACAAAUGGAUAGAAAGCUUCAAGAAGAGAAAUCCUCAAAUUCGCUAUAAAAUA